UCGUGUUAGCUAACCACAUGUCUCAUAGAUGGUUGAAACAUGUACCGUUUUUACUCGCAGAACAGUAUACAUAGCGUGAGUGUUACUUGAUAAAUGACUGGAAUGUUUGAUGCAACUUUUAUAUUAGUUUAGUAGGUAUUUCACGUCUAGUAUAUGCAUUUUAUAUAUCUUACUUUGAAAUGAGUCGAAUAACAAAAUGUUUCUUAAUAUAGAUAUGGAUAUACAGUAGGUCUUGCUAUAGUGUAUUAAAUCUGCGAUUAAUUAAACAGUUUAUUAUUUCCAAAUAACCUUAUUAGGAACAAAUUAAACACAGGUAAAGAAUGAAGUUAUCUUUGAAGAAAUCUUGGUUGUAUACCUUAAUAAAGGAUCUGAGUCCGACGUCGUCGGGAUCUUCAAAAGGAAUCGUGUCCAAUGGAAUUACCAAAUAUGGACAUUUGGACAAAUUACCGAAUCCGUGCAGAGUCGUUGGAUUUAUGUUUGCCAUUAUUGGGGCCUUAGUAACGCUCAGGUGGGCCGUUUCCUUCCUUGUUUCUUUACAUGGUACCACUAUAGCUCAUUAUUCGCCACCUGAGCCGCGGAAUGAGCAUGAUACAAGCCAAGAUUCAUCCGAGCCAAUCACAGACUGUCCAAGAAGUUACGUGUAUGAUGAACUAUCCGAUCGUCUGCAGCUUCUGGAAAUGGCGUUCAAAGAACAGGUUUUUGCACGUGAAACCAUUGCACGGGAAAUAAAUGACCAGUCAGAUAUAUAUGGUUCUCUGGACAGAAAACUGGCAUUAUUUCUGGAAAAAUUGGACAAUGUCACACAUGAAUAUGCAAAUCUGGAAUCAAAAUAUAAAGACUUGUCUGCAAGAGUUAAUUCAGACGAGACGCUAGGGGCGAUAAUUUUGCUGAUUCUCAUGCUGCAGAUGUUUUGUACAUUCAGACCGAGAAUCCUGGAAUUGUUGGGCCCUGUCGCAGAUUUCAGACCGGCACUGAAUAAACUGAUCCAACGGCCAAAAAUUGAAAGAAAGACGUCUUCAAAUCAAGGAACCGCUAAACAUAUGGCCGGUUUGCGAAACGAAGUUUGCGUCAUAUGUUUUCAACGUGACAGCGCCGACAGCCUCAUUUUAAAAUUGACAGAAGCCAUGUUCCGCCAUCUUGAAGGAUUAAAGGUCGCAAUGAAACCGUUUUACGCUAUAUUUUCAAUGGAGGACCUCAGAAACAUACCACAUGUUAAACUUUACGUCAUACUGGUUGAUUUAGAAUCAAGGGGACUUUAUAUCAAUGGAUGUGAGAAAGACCUUGUAUUCACAACAGUUAAAUACACAAAAUCAAUCGGAGCACAUACGGUAGUAGUUAUUACCAACGACGAAGGAUCCAAGAAUCUUACUGCUCACAGCAUCUAUAACUCCACUUUACGCAUGGUCAAAACAAACGACAACUUACAGGACCUGGCGGCCAAUGGCAGACUGUUCAGUAUGUGGCAGGAAAUGACGUCACAUCAACUCAGCCAUCUUAGAAGAAUGGUGAAAACAGUGCUUAAUGCUAAACUUAUAAUGAGAUGAUCAUUUCAAGAAUAAGAUCAAAAGGUUUCAGUACUAUGAAAUGCAUAUCGUUCUGUCCGUGUCUAGAAACUCGGAGCAUCUCAAAAGUAUCCAGAUUAUACCGAAACGUCAAAAAUGUCUUGCUCAAGUCUUGUAGGAGAAAUUGUUUUUCAAUGUGUCUGUUUUGGCCAAUGUAGUCUUCAGUUGCAGGUUUUAGAACAUAACAAAAAUUUCAACACAAUUUUAAUUUUCGAACUUCUUGCAUCGAUUGAUUUUUUCAAGAUGUUAUUUCCUACAACAAUGCAGCAUUAUCUAUAUAUUAUAGAGAAAAUGCAAUGCUAGAUGUGUCUAAAGAUUACUCUGUAGUGAUCAAUUUAUUUUACAAUUGUAAGUUUUUCUUUUGUCUCGAUAUUAGAAACUGAGUUAUUCGACUAUUAAAAUAGUCAAGUCCCGUUAAUAACAUACAUUUUGUACUUUCUAAAUAUUUUCAUUUUUAUACAUGUACUUGUUUAAAGAUCUUAAAUUUGUGUACACGAUUUUAGCCUACACCGUUUUUAAAACUGUUACAAUAAUGUACUUGAGUCAACUGCAAAUGCAUCUUUUAUUUUAUUGUAUCACUAAAUUAAACACAAGGAACCUACAGCUGAAAUCCGGAGAUAGUUUCAAAACUGGGACAGUUAAAGGAGAUCUUGAUUUAGUUAUUACCUUAAAAUAUUAGGUUUACCUUUAUUGUCACGAAGAUGAAGACGUGUAUAAAACAGUUUUACUUUCAAAGUGAAAAGUAUUUGAUUAGUUAAAUAAGCAUGUGUCUAGUCAAGUAAAAACAAAACAAAGUCAAAAAUAGCACUGGAACAACCAUAUUCACAGAAUGUAACUUUUUCAGACUUAAAACAUAUAGCAGUUAGUAUAUGGGUAUGUACAUAAUGAAACUAUAAACAUAAUUAUUUAGGUAGUUCUGCACGUUUGGAUUAUUUUUUUUUUCUACAAUGUAGAAUUUCAUUAAACUCCGAUGUUUCAAAACUUCAGAAUAUACAUAGAUCAGCAAAUAAAAAGGUUAGGGUCGUGUGCUUGAUUUUUUGCUAGACUGAUUUGAAAAAUAUGGACCUCACGCAACAUUUCAUAAUGUGAGUGAGUCUAUGUGAAAAUCAUAACUUUCAGAAUAUUUUCGCGAAUGGAAAUAUUUCUGUAAUGUAGAUUUUGAUGAAACUUCUCACAGUUGUAAAUGAAGGCAUGGUCUGUAAUUUGAUGAAAUAAAAUGUAUAGGUCCUUGCGCUUAUUUUUAAGAUAUUUGACCAUGAUUAAAAUGAACCGGACAUUUCACGCUAAUCUUAAGACAUUAUUUUGAAUUAUUUAAUGUGUCAUAUGUUUUAAACUUUUAAUACCAUAUUUUGACUUUAGAAAUAUAGCAACAGUAUCAUUGUAAUAAAUUUACUCACAGGUUGCGAUUAAUUCAUAAAAUGAUUUUCAUUUCCAAAGGCCGAAUCCAGGCUUUAUUCUACGUUUUCCGGAUAAAUAACGUUACGCCAUCACUUCCGGUUUGUCAAACGUGCAGAAUUACCUUAAGCAAAGUAAAAGGUUUGACAACUAACACAUGUCAAACAAAUGACUGAAAACACAUUUGGGCACCACGACGGAACGUUAAGUGGGAAAAUCACAGAGGUUUUGGUGCAUCAUAUCAUAUUUCGUAACUACAACAAUAUAUAGCAGUGACGGGCCAGUGUAAAGUGACUGCUUACACGUCUGAAUGAUACCAAAAGGUCUAGUGUGCAAGACACAAAAAUGCUCGUAUAUCAAGUAUACUCAAUGUCAUUUCAGUAGGCAGAGGACUAAGAGAAAACCGUUAGAUCGGCAUAGUAACUACAGAUCGAUAUGAAUAUACCUUUAUAAUCCUACCUGUUAUUUAUUACUACACAUGUUUAUAUAUAUAUGACAUUUGUUGCAUGCAAAAGUAUGAUAUCAGCUUCUUGAAAUACUGUUUGAUAAUUCACUUUAUCAUCAAAUUGUUAAAAACUCUUUAAAUGAACAUCCUGAUAAAAACAUCUCUAGGCAGUGAAGCAAUGAUAAAUCAUUUACAAACGAAUAUAUCCAAAUUUUCGUUUUGUACACAAAUAUUGUGUUUAAACACGUCGUCAUUUUCCAGACAGUACGAGGACAUUUACAAGGACAUUGAUCAAUGCUUGUAAGAACCUCAGGCAAGAGUUAUCUUCAUUGUGAACAUAGGUAUAAAAUCCUCAAAAUUUCUGUUAUUGAUAUAAACAAAAGUUUCAUAAAAUUCACAGUUGUAAAAUAAUUUUUAGUUAUUUGAAAGAUAUUGCAAUCAGUUUGCCAUUAUUUAUUGUGUUUCUAUUUUUAAACUUUGUGGUUCUAUUUUUGCAUGAAUGACAAGACGAAACAUAUCAAAGCAGGUCAGUCACGGGUCUUCCACUUGGUUUAAACAAUAUUUAUUGACGUAAUUGCAGUUGUUACAAUAUUACAAUAAGAUAGAGUAGGAUAUAGUAACUCUCUCCAUUUUUUUAGAAACUCUCAGACUUUCAAUUGUUCCUUCGGAAAAGGAAUAUGUAGCAUCCACCUUAACGGGCUUAAUCACAAACUUAAGGAAUCUAAACUUUAUUUUCUCAGAAAAGCUUAUUUUGCAUGUGUAAGUACAUACUAAGUAUCUGUCUGAAAUAUCUUGCAACCCUGCAGCAAUUUUCACUUUAAGUACAAUGUUACUUUAAUAGAAUAAUUUGUGUUACAUUUUAUUUCUCUCUAACAUGUACUAAUAUGUAUUAUUUUGUGUUCAUUGUGUUUAUUAAAGUGCAAGUUAUGUUUUUAUA